AAAAUCUCCUAUCACUGAAUCCAAAGUGCAAAAAUAGGCCCAAUUAAAACUUGCUUUAACCCUCAAAAUUCUUGCCACCAAGUAGCCGCUUUGUCACUCACUCAUCUCCUUUUCUAUUUGCAAAAUAUUCCUCUCAAUUUGCUUUGAACCAUGAGUAAGCUUCAGAGUGAAGCCGUUAGAGAAGCCAUCUCUGUGAUUAAGAAUGAUUCAGCAGAGAAGAAAAGGAAGUUCACUGAAACCAUUGAGCUUCAGAUUGGUCUGAAAAAUUAUGAUCCUCAAAAGGACAAGCGUUUCAGUGGUUCAGUUAAGUUGCCACACAUUCCUCGCCCUAAGAUGAAGAUUUGCAUGCUCGGAGAUGCUCAGCACGUUGAAGAGGCAACAAAGAUUGGUUUGGAGUACAUGGAUGUGGAAGGCCUGAAGAAGCUUAACAAAAACAAGAAGUUAGUUAAGAAGCUCGCAAAGAAAUACCAUGCUUUCUUGGCAUCAGAAGCUGUUAUUAAGCAGAUUCCCCGUCUCUUGGGCCCUGGUUUGAACAAGGCAGGUAAGUUUCCUACCCUUGUUACCCACCAGGAAUCACUCGAGUCUAAGGUUAACGAGACCAAGGCCACCAUCAAAUUCCAAUUGAAGAAGGUGCUUUGCAUGGGAGUUGCCGUAGGUAAUAUGGAUAUGGAGGAGAAACAAAUCUUCCAGAACGUGCAGAUGAGUGUCAACUUUCUAGUGUCCUUGCUAAAGAAGAAUUGGCAAAAUGUGAGAUGCUUGUACUUGAAGAGUACCAUGGGAAAGACUCAACGCAUCUUCUAAGGAAAUUGUAUUUUAUAAUCUUUGCAGUUUCUGGCGUUUUGUUUUGCUUGUAUGAGCUAAUAGAUACUAUUGAAAUUUUUGGUUAGUUGUAAUCCUGGAUACAGUGUUGAGCUUGAUAUCAGUUUUCUGAUGACUUUUUCCUUCAGACAACUUCA